AUGGACGCAAUUCGAAACCCUCAUAAACCUAGACCUGCCGGUGAGUGGGUCAUAGGAGAGAUGGCCCGCCAGUGUUGGGCGAGUGCUAUCCUCAUAGCUACUCCAACAGCUCAGACUCGCUUCGUUGAUAGCUGCCAGAUAUAUCUUGACGCCGUGAUCCAGGAAGCCGACGACAGAGCAAAGGGACGCAUCAGGAGUCUGGACGACUAUUUUGAAAUACGGCGAGCCACCGUCGGUGUUGAGCCAUCCUUUGCCGUCGGAGAGUUGUACUUGAACAUACCGCAAGAAGUCAUCGAUCAGCCAAUCAUUUCGAGGUUGAAGGCGAUAGCCGUUGACCUGAUCACCAUUGCCAAUGACAUAUACUCCUACAAAGUAGAGUGGGAACGCGGAGAAGACAGUCAUAACCUAGUCACAGUGGUUAUCCAACAAUUCCGGCUGACUAUCCAGGGUGCAAUGGAUUACAUCGGGGAUCUAAACGCUCGCCUCGUUGAUGAAUUCCUGGAGAAGUGGAAUCACAUACCUGUAUUCGACGGACCUGUGGACACAGAUAUCAGAGCGUACUGUGUCAUGCUCGCGGAAUGGGUUCGUGGUAACGACUCGUGGAGCUUUGAGGGCGGGCGGUAUUUCGGGGACAAAGGACGUGAAAUACAGACCACGCGACUUGUUCGUUUGACUGGAAUUAGAGGAGAGAAGAAGAUCAGCACUAGCUGCCGUGGGUAG